AUGUCGACCCUCUCGAAGCCCGCCCCUCGCGCCGCUGUCUGCGUCAUCGCCAACGAGGUCUUGACUGGGAAGACGCUGGACACCAACUCGCACUGGAUCUCCAAGCUCAUGUUCCGCCGGGGCGUCGACCUCAAGCGCGUCGUGGUGAUCCCCGACGAGGAAGACGCAAUCGUGUCGACGGUCAAGGAGCUGUCGCAGAUGGUGGGGCCCAGCGGCUACGUCAUCACCACGGGAGGCAUCGGCCCCACCCACGACGACAUCACAUACGAGAGCGUGGCAAAGGCAUUCGGUCUUGGAGUGGAGUUCCAUGAGGAGACGCUGAAAGGCCUGGAGGAGGCCAUGGCGACGCGUCUGGGAGGGAUGACGGAGGGGCGGAAGCGGAUGGCUCUGCUACCGGCGGGCUGCAAGACGCUCACGACCGAGUUCUGGACGCCUAUUGCUGUGGUGGAGAACGUGUACAUCCUUCCGGGCAUUCCGUCCAUGGUGCGCUCGAUGCUGACGGCGAACGAGGAGCACUUCGUGGGGGUGCCUAUCUUCCGCGCGAUCGUCAAAACGCUGAAGCUAGAAGGCGACAUCGCAGCGGAGUUGACGGCAGUGCAGAAUGCUCACCCGAACAUUUCUAUUGGCAGCUACGUGAACCUGACCAAGGACGAGACUGGCGUGCACGACACGAGCUUCAAGACUCGCCUUACUAUCGAAGGGCGCGACGAGGCUGAGGUCAAGGAGGUUAGCGACAAAAUCGCCGAACUCUUUGAUGGCCAGAAGGUGGAUCCUUCCGAGCACUAG